UAGCUCUAAAUCACGCAUCAGCGGUAGCAAUUCAUCCGGCAGCAGCGGCUAUGGCGGUAAACCAUCAACACAAGCAAGCAGCAGCGAAUUGCACAUCAAAUGCGUCAAAGAUAAGGCACGCAAAAAGAAGAAGUUGAAAUACUCAGCUCAAACAAAUGUUCUGGAAAAUCAGGAUGAUGCCCCAAACACCACAAGCGAGCCACAGGGCGAGGAACAAAAUACUUUGGGCUGUGAAAAGGCAAUUGCACAAUGCAGUCGCCAGAAGGAAAAUAAGGAGACGUCAAUACCGUCGGAGAAGGAGACAAUCGAACAAACUAAGUCGGAAAUUUCGCUGCAGUUUCCCACACCGUCGCCAUUGUCAAGUACCACACAGCCAGAUGGAAAAUCUGUGAGAACUUGUGAAUCGGCGCCAGGAAAAUUGGAAAGCUCCGGUAAAGGAGGGAAACUAAAAGAGGAGAAUUUCUGCUGUGCAAUAUCAAUGCAUGACGGCAUCGUACUUUUCACCACUCCCAGCAUAACCGAUGUGCUCGGUUUUCCACGUGACAUGUGGCUGGGACGUUCAUUCAUAGAUUUCGUGCAUCCCAAAGAUCGUGCCUUAUUUGCCAGUCAAAUCACCACCGGCAUACCAAUCGCGGAAUCUCGCAACAGUGUACCCAAGGAUGAGCGCAGCACCUUCUGUGUAAUGCUACGUCGUUAUCGCGGCUUAAAAUCCGGUGGCUAUGGCGUCAUUGGACGUCCGGUGAGCUAUGAGCCGUUUCGUCUGGGACUGACGUUUCGUGAGGCGCCCGAAAAAGCACGCCCUGACAAUCUCAUUACACACGGAGCAAAUAUGUUGCUAGUAAUUUGUGCUACGCCUAUUAAGAGCUCUUAUAUAGUGCGUUUUGUUGUGCCUCCUGUUUCAGUGCCAGAUGAGAUACUGUCACACAAAAGCCCUAAAUUCUCAAUACGACACACAGCGACGGGCAUCAUUUCACAUGUGGAUAGCGCUGCUGUAUCUACGUUGGGCUAUCUACCGCAAGAUCUUAUCGGACGUUCAAUAUUAGACUUCUACCAUCCGGAAGAUCUGAUGGUGUUGAAGGAAAUCUAUGAGACUGUUAUGAAAAAAGGACAGACUGCGGGCGCUUCAUUUUGCAGCAAGCCGUAUCGUUUUCUGAUACAGAAUGGCUGCUAUAUACUCUUGGAGACAGAGUGGACAAGCUUCGUGAAUCCGUGGUCGCGUAAACUGGAAUUCGUUAUAGGAAAUCAUCGAGUGUUUCAAGGCCCCAAAAAUUGCAAUGUUUUCGAUACGGCGCCGGUUAAUAAACCAAAACUUUCGGACGAAGUGCGCAGCCGUAACAUUAAGGAUGAGAUACUCAAAUUGCUGGACGAAACGAUAUCACGACCCUCGGACACUGUAAAGCAGGAAGUUUCGCGUCGCUGUCAAGCGUUGGCUUCAUUCAUGGAAACCCUAAUGGAUGAAGUUACACGCACUGAUCUAAAGCUGGAACUACCUCCUGAAAAUGAGCUGACCGUCUCCGAGCGCGACUCAGUGAUGUUGGGUGAGAUUUCGCCACACCACGAAUACUACGAUAGCAAAAGUUCAACAGAAACGCCGCCCAGCUACAACCAGCUAAAUUAUAACGAGAAUCUGCAACGUUUUUUUAACAGCAAGCCAGUCACCGCGCCCGUUGAGGUCGACCCCAUGAAGAACGAGGAAUCGUACAGUAUUUCGGCUGAUGCACGAAAUACGCUCAGCCCGGUACAAUGUUUUGAAGGCAGUGGCGGCAGCGGAUCUUCGGGAAAUUUUACCUCCGGCAGCCAAAUACACAUGAGCAGCAUAACCAACACCAGCAAUGCCGGCACCAGCUCCUCAUCGGGCAGUGCACAGCUGGUGUCAUUAACCGAGUCGCUACUUAACAAACACAACGACGAAAUGGAGAAAUUCAUGUUGAAAAAACAUCGGGAAUCACGCGGUCGUUGCGGUGAGAAGAUCAAGAAGGCGUCUGAGAAGAUAAUGGAAUAUAGCGGUCCAGGGCAUGGUCUCAAGCGAGGUGGUUCGCAUUCAUGGGAGGGCGAUGCCAAUAAGCCGAAGCAUCAACACACGAACUUUAUGGAUGCGCAGCGCGACUACGGAGAUCACCACAAUCUAGUGGCAAAUACCAGCAGCAAAGCGUACGGCACACUACAGACAACACUAGGCGAUGUAUCCUUCGCUGGUUCCUAUGCUGCGGCUGGUCUUUCCUGUUCGCGCAAUGUUAAUCUUUGGCCACCAUUCUCGGUCGGUCUCACCACUUCACAAACAUCGCAAACAAUGGCGCAAAGCGGUUUCACACCGCAGCACAGCAUCUUCCCCACAUUAUACUAUAUACCCGCCACAGCUGCAGCAGCCGCAACGCAAACGCAAGGCAAGCCCAGUGUGACCGAUAUGCCCAGCACGUCGGCGCAGGCACUGCCAUUGCAGUAUAUGACUGGUGUUAUGUAUCCGCAUCCGUCGUUGUUUUAUACACAUCCCGCAGCGGCAAUGAUGUACCAGCCCAUGUCAUACUCAAAUAUGGCCAACUCGCUGGCGUUAUCGGAGCAGGAGAGCAGUUCGAGUGCUUUCAAAACGACUCAACCGCUUAUGCUGGCGCCAACGCCCACAAAGACACAAGGCGCAUUUCACUCCAUCACACCAGCGCAACUGAAACGUCCAUUAUCGCAGGCGACUUCUGUUAAAGCCGAACCCGGUUCGAAUAUGGCUCCUUCAGAUUCCUCCAAAAAAGGUAUUGCUGGCUCGCCAAUGCCAUCGCCACCGGAUCGAGACAAUGGAAAUGAUCUGAAGCCUAAUACAGAUAGCAAUGGUAACAGUGAUGACAUGGAUGGCUCCAGUUUCUCAUCAUUUUAUUCAUCUUUUAUAAAAACAACCGACGAAUCUGAUAGUCCACAGGAAAAUGAUAAGGAAGAUAAGCAUCGAAAAUAUAAAGUACAAACCGUGUCCAAGUCAAUGGACAAUGCAGAAGGCGACCAGACAUUACAUGGUGAUGGCUAAAUAUGAGUAGAACACGUGAGUUUCACAACCAAUUGAUGUCAGUAUUGAGGCAACGUGACGAUCAGUAAGCGGCAAUUUUAUUUACUACAAACUAUUCCCUACAAGUUCAUUUUGCAAGAAUAUCAGGCAAGAAAAAGUAUUAGCGUAAACAUUGCCGCUGACAGGCAUUUAAAUGCUGAAAAUCAUAAUUUUUCCAUGCCCACGUAACAAUUGAGGCAAU